AUGGGCUUUACCGAUCUUGUUUCCGACGCAGGUCUUACCCUCCUGAACAACUGGGUCAAGACCCGCAGCUACAUCGUUAGCUACACCCCGUCGCAGGCCGACGUCAAGGUCUUCCAGCAGAUCAAGCAGAUCCCUGCCCCCGAGAAGUUCCCUUACGCCUGGAGGUGGUACAACCACAUCCUCACCUUCGAGGGCGAGUUCGAUACCCUCCCCGGUGACCCAACCAAGGAGGCCACCGCCUACGGCCCCGAGUCCAGCGAGCUCACUGUCAACCCCGCCCAGGCCCCCGAGAAGGAGGCUGAGGAGGAUGACGACGAGGUCGACCUGUUCGGCUCUGACGAUGAGGUUGAUGAGGCGGCCGAGGCGCUCAAGGCCGAGCGUCUUGCCGAGUACAACAAGAAGAAGGCUGGCAAGGUAAAGCCUGCCGCCAAGUCUAUCGUCACCAUGGACGUUAAGCCCUGGGAUGACGAGACAAACAUGGAUGAGCUCAAGGCCAACGUUCUGUCCAUCGAGCAGGACGGUCUUGUCUGGGGUGCCUCCCAGCUGGUCGCUGUUGGUUUCGGUAUCAAGAAGCUCCAGAUUAACUUGGUUGUUGAGGACGACAAGGUCUCUCUCGACGAGCUCCAGCAGAAGAUCGAGGAGUUCGAGGACCACGUCCAGUCCACCGACAUUGUUGCCAUGCAGAAGUUGUAG